AUGGCGACGGAUGAAUCGGUGAUGGCGACGGAUGGAGCGGUAAUGGCGGCCGGUGACCUUACCAAGGUCCUAGCGAUGGCGACUGUCGACCUUCCGACGACCUGUGAUGAUGGCGGCGGUCUCGGAAUGUCGCCGAUCAAGCUGCGGAAAUGGCGUGCAACGACGAAAACGAUUAUCGCAGCGUAUACCGCAGCGUAUACCACAGCGUAUACCGCAGCGUAUAUCACAGCGUAUACCGCAGCGUAUACCGCAGCGUAUACCGCAACGUAUACCGCAGCGUAUACCGCAGCGUAUACCGCAGCGUAUACCGCAGCGUAUACCGCAGCGUAUACCGCAGCGUAUACCGCAGCGUAUACCGCAGCGUAUACCGCAGCGUAUACCGCAGCGUAUACCGCAGCGUAUACCGCAGCGUAUACCGCAGCGUAUACCGCAGCGUAUACCGCAGCGUAUACCGCAGCGUAUACCGCAGCGUAUACCGCAGCGUAUACCGCAGCGUAUACCGCAGCGUAUACCGCAGCGUAUACCGCAGCGUAUACCGCAGCGUAUACCGCAGCGUAUACCGCAGCGUAUACCGCAGCGUAUACCGCAGCGUAUACCGCAGCGUAUACCGCAGCGUAUACCGCAGCGUAUACCGCAGCGUAUACCGCAGCGUAUACCGCAGCGUAUACCGCAGCGUAUACCGCAGCGUAUACCGCAGCAAAUACCGCAGCGUAUACCGCAGCAAAUACCGCAGCAAAUACCACAGCAAAUACCACAGCGAAUACCACAGCAAAUACCACAGCGAAUACCGCGGCGAAUAUCACAGCGAAUACCGCAGCGAAUACCGCAGCGAAUACCACAGCGAAUACCGCAGCGAAUACCACAGCGAAUACCGCAGCGUAUACCGCAACGAAUACCGCAGUGAAUACCGCAGCGAAUACCGCAGCGAAUACCGCAGCGAAUACCGCAGCGAAUACCACAGCGAAUACCGCAGCGAAUACCGCAGUGAAUACCGCAGCGAAUACCGCAGCGAAUACCACAGCGAAUGAUAUAAGUUGA